AUGAAGGCCGUUCUUUUUCUCGCCGUUAUUGCACUGUUCGUCGCCCUGGCCCACGGUCAGACUGGCUGCGUACGUGACGAUACUGAUGGACGGCCGCUGUGCAAUGCGGCCGAAGUGACCGCACGACUGUGGCGCAAUAACUGGGACCCUACCGCGUACUGGGAGUGUACGACUGUGGGCGUGGCGGCUGUGGCUCGCCGUUGCCCGACCGAGGGAAUGUUCGACAGCGCUACCCGUACCUGCAUCAACUGGUUCGACUGGGUCUGGACUCCAACGUGCAAGCCUCCCAGCGCGCUGGUGUAA